AUUGGCCUGCGUUGUUUAUUUGGAUAUAUGAUAAAACUCGUGUUUGCGGAUCUUUCGAAGAUGGUUUGGCUGCCUUGGCGACUUGGAGAUCGGAUGUCACGAUGAGGACUCACACACGGGGGGCUCCCAGUGUGUUUUUCAUAUGUCUGGUUUGCUUUGUGUCAGCCCAUAUCACCGACGAGGACCCGGAAGUCAUGAUUCCCUUCAUGAAUGCCAACUAUGACAGCCACCCGAUGCUGUACUUCUCCAGGGCAGAGGUAGCUGAGCUCCAGCUCAGGGCUGCCAGCACGCAUGAGCAUAUUGCGGUCCGACUCACCGAGGCCGUGAACACCAUGCUGUCCAGCCCCUUGGAGUACCUCCCGCCCUGGGACCCCAAGGACUACAGUGCCCGCUGGAAUGAGAUUUAUGGAAACAACUUGGGUGCCUUGGCAAUGUUCUGUGUGCUCUAUCCUGAGAACCUCGAAGCCCGAGACAUGGCCAAAGACUACAUGGAGAGGAUGGCAGCGCAGCCUAGUUGGUUAGUAAAAGAUGCUCCUUGGGAUGAAGUCCCACUGGCUCACUCCCUCGUUGGUUUUGCCACUGCCUACGACUUCUUGUACAACUACCUGAGCAAGACACAACAGGAGAAGUUUCUUGAAGUGAUUGCCAAUGCCUCGGGCUACAUGUACGAGACUUCUUACAGGAGAGGAUGGGGGUUUCAGUACCUACACAAUCAUCAGCCCACCAACUGCAUGGCGUUGCUCACGGGAAGCCUGGUCCUGAUGAAUCAAGGGUAUCUUCAAGAAGCCUAUUUAUGGACCAAACAAGUUCUGACCAUCAUGGAGAAAUCUCUGGUCUUGCUCCGGGAAGUGACAGAUGGCACCCUCUAUGAAGGAGUUGCUUAUGGCAGCUACACCACUAGAUCCCUCUUCCAGUAUAUGUUUCUGGUUCAAAGGCACUUUAACAUCAACCACUUUGGCCAUCCAUGGCUUAAGCAACACUUUGCAUUUAUGUAUAGAACCAUCCUACCAGGGUUUCAAAGAACGGUGGCUAUUGCAGACUCAAAUUACAACUGGUUUUAUGGUCCAGAAAGUCAGUUAGUGUUCCUGGAUAAAUUUGUCAUACGUAACGGCAGUGGUAACUGGCUGGCCGAUCGAAUCAGGAGGAACCGAGUGAUGGAGGGUCCGGGAACUCCAUCCAAAGGGCAGCGCUGGUGCACUCUCCACACGGAGUUUCUCUGGUAUGAUGCCAGCUUGAAAUCCGUUCCCCCUCCAGAUUUUGGGACUCCGGCAUUGCAUUAUUUUGAAGACUGGGGUGUGGUGACCUAUGGAAGUGCCCUUCCUGCAGAAAUCAAUAGAUCCUUCCUUUCCUUCAAGUCCGGAAAGCUCGGAGGACGUGCAAUCUACGACAUUGUGCACAGAAGCAAAUACAAAGACUGGAUCAAAGGCUGGCGAAAUUUUAAUGCGGGGCAUGAGCAUCCUGAUCAGAACUCCUUCACCUUUGCUCCCAACGGCGUGCCUUUCAUCACGGAGGCUCUGUAUGGGCCAAAGUAUACCUACUUCAAUAACGCGUUGAUGUUUUCCCCGGCUGUGUCAAAGAGCUGCUUUGCUCCCUGGGAGGGCCAGGUUACAGAAGAUUGCUCAUCCAAAUGGUCUAAAUACAAGCACGACCUGGCAGCCAACUGUCAGGGGAGAGUCGUUGCCGCAAUGGAGAAAAACGGGUUGGUUUUCAUCCGCGGAGAAGGUGUCGGCGCUUAUAACCCUCGGCUCAAUCUGAAGAAUGUUCAGAGGAACCUUAUCCUCUUGCACCCGCAGCUUCUCCUCCUUGUGGACCAAAUAUCCCUGGGAGAGGCGAGUCCCGUGGAAACAGCCGCAAGCUUCUUCCACAAUGUGGAUGCUCCUUUUGAGGAGACAGAGGUAGACGGUGUCCAUGGGGCGUUCAUCAGGCAACGAGAUGGUCUCUAUAAAAUGUACUGGAUGGAUGAUACUGGCUACAGUGAGAAAGCAACCUUUGCUUCUGUGACAUACCCGCGGGGCUAUCCCUACAAUGGUACAAACUAUGUGAAUGUCACCAUGCACCUUCGAAGCCCCAUCACCAGGGUGGCUUACCUCUUCAUAGGGCCAUCUGUAGAUGUCCAGAGCUUCAGUAUCCAUGGAGACGCUCAGCAACUGGAUGUGUUUAUAGCCACUAGCGAACAUGCCUAUGCAACUUACCUUUGGACAGGCGAGGCCACAGGGCAGUCUGCCUUUGCGCAAGUCAUUGCAGAUCACCAGAAAAUUCUUUUUGACCGAAGCGCAGCCAUCAGGAGCACACUGGUCCCCGAGGUGAGGGACUAUGCUGCCAUUGUGGAACAGAACCUGCAGCGUUUUAAGCCGGUGUUCCAGCUAUUGGAGAAACAGAUCCUGUCCCGAGUUCGGAACACGGCUAGCUUUAGGAAGACCGCAGAGCGCUUGCUGCGGUUUUCAGAUAAGAGGCAGACCGAGGAGGCCAUUGACAGGAUUUUUGCCAUAUCUCAGCAGCAGCUGCUGCAGCAAAGCAAAUCGAAGAAAACCCGAAGGGCAGGCAAGCGUUACAAAUUUGUGGAUGCCGUCCCCGAUAUCUUUGCACAGAUAGAAGUCAACGAGAAAAGGAUUAGGCAGAAAGCUCAGAUUUUGGCACAGAAAGAACUGCCUGUAGAUGAAGAUGAAGAAAUGAAAGACCUUUUAGAUUUUGCAGAUGUAACAUAUGAAAAACACAAAAAUGGUGGCUUGGUGAAAGGCCAAUUUGGCCAGGCCCGGAUGCUGACAACGACUCUCAGGAGGGCGCCGUCCCUGUCUGCGUCAUACACCAGACUGUUCCUGAUCCUGAACAUUGCUAUUUUCUUUGUCAUGUUGGCAGUGCAACUGACUUAUUUCCAGAGGGCCCAGAGUCUACAUGGCCAAAGAUGUCUUUAUACAGUCCUUCUGAUAGACAGCUGCAUCUUACUGUGGUUGUACUCCUCUUGUUCUCAGUCUCAGUGUUAGCACUGAUGCCACAAAUUGCUUGAUCAUUUGGUGAUCACAAGAGUCUAUGCAAAACACCCAAGAAAAGCCCAAGUUUGUAAUGGGGUCUUUUUUUCUUAUUCAUUUUAACAAAUUAUGGGGUGAUCGUUCCAGCCAAGAAUUCAGGGACAUAGAGAAAUCAGAAUCAGUCGACAAUGUUAUCAGAGGAAUAAGAGUAGCUCAGUUCUCCUUUGGUGUUUCUGGAAGUGUUUUACCUUGCUAAUUUAGCAGACCACAUAAAAUUACUUAGAGUAGAAACAAAAAAUCGUUGGGUUUAAGUAAUUAUGUUUCUUAAGAGAAAAAAAAUUAUUUAAGUAGAAUUUGAGUCAUGUCUAUUUAAUGCUAUUAGCAAUAUCCAGAUGUUGUUUCAUGGAAAAGACUGCUGAAGCACACAAUUUAAAAAUAUACAAACACUUUUGAAAAUGGUAUAAUCGUGUUGAGAAUUAAGUGUUGCUAAGUCUUCGUACUGGGGUAUCAGCUUACUGGGAGAAGUUGUACUUAAUUGAGUGCACAGAAUGGUCUUAUAGAUUUGUUAUUCAUAUCACACAGUAAAAAUGAAAAUCACCAAAAAUAUUCAAAAUACAUUUCCAGUAGAAAACAUAUAUCCACAAAUGAAUUUGUCUUGAAGAGUCAGGCUCUGCAUGCAUAUUACUUUUGCCCAUUCAUCAGUUAUCCUGUAAGCCAGAUAAUUACAGAGAACUCAGUUUUGUAUUUUCCUUAGAUGGAAAACUAUUUUGGAUCCAGUGACCAAACUAUUAAAAAUAAAAUAUUUUAUAUUGUGAAAGUGGAUUUCCAUACCAAAGAAGAUGGGAAAGCCUAACUUUGAAUAUGAUUUUUUAUGUGUGUUUUUUAAUAGAAGACUUCAUCAAGUUUAUUUUGCUAAAUAAACAUCAUAAUUGUGAUUUUC